AAAGUUGUACACGUCAGGUUGAAGUCAUUUUGUAGAUUUGAAGUUUGUUUUUACUUUAAUUGACUUCAAUGUUUCUUCCGAUUGCGUGAAGUAUGUGAUAAUGACCAGAGUGUGUCCAAGAUCUUGCAGCCUCUUGGCCAGCGCUGUGUUAUAUAUUUCAACCGGUAUAAUUCAGUUAGGUGCUGGUGUUAUUUUAUUGAGAUCGAAUUAUGCGCCAUUACUUGUUGGCCCGGAUGUGUGGACAGCUCUUUCGAAUAUCGUCAUAGGCUCCGUUAUUGGAGUUCUCGCAGCUGUAUGGAAAGAAUCUUGUAAGCGUAAUUCGACCAAGCAUCGAGCAAGGCAAAAUGUUUUGGCAGCCUUGGCAACAACAGUGAUGAUCGUGAAUGCAACUUGUACUAUCAUCCUCCUGCUAGGGGGAGGCAACAAGUUGCUGACCAUUCAUUUAGAGAGCUAUGAAGAAGAAGUUAACUUUGAAAACCGUGUUUUAGCAUAUGCUUAUAUGAUUUCUGUUUGUUCUCCGACGGUUUGCACAGUUGUUGGAAUUGUUACCCUAUCCAGCAGAUGUUUUCGAAGGGCUGGUGAAAAAACUCUGAAGAUAGCAAAAACUGGAGAAAAUGAUAGAAGGAAUUCCAGUUACAAUAGCUGGGUAUAUGAUUCAGAAGCUCCUAACUCUUCAAAGUUUAAAAGAAAAUUUCCGAAUUUGUCAUCAUGUUCAUCAAGCUCUUCUGACAGUAUGUUCAGAAACCGCAUGAAUUCUUCCGGCAUACAAGCAGGACAAAGCCCAGUUCCAUCAGUAGGUAGUGCACGUGGUUUUAUACGAGCUCAUCGUAGGUCAGCCUCCUGUGAUAGUGCACCUUCCCGACAUCGAGCUGCAUUAUAUCGAAAAAGUAUAGAUAAUUGUCUCAGUCGCCAUAGUACUUCUGAGGAAAUUAGAAUACCAGUUCAGACAUAUAAUAUUAAAGAAAAUUCUCCAUCCACAUCAUUUGCGAAUGACAAUAAUAGAAAACUCUGUAACAGAGGUGGUUUGAAGUUUGGUGAACGUUCUCUUUUGCGUUCAGAAGACGAAUUUUCAGAAAUUUUAAAAAAUGCUGUAAUACCUAAAACUAGAGAGGUAUUAGAUAUAUCCAGCUUUCGUUCCCAUGAAAUCUUACAAAUUCAUGUUGGAGGUAAAACGUAUUUGGUAAUUCAACCCAAAACUGAUGUUAAUGCUAUUUAUAGUGAACCCUCAACAUCUUCUGGCAAGAGAUUAAGUUUUCAAGACGAAAAGCAGUCUGCUUCGCAAGACAGCAGGCAGCCAAAAGAAACCAUGUAUAGUGUUGCCCAAAUGUAUCUGUCUCCAGAAUCUUCUCCAGAGUCCAAAUCCGCUUUCACAAAUGUCAACCAUGACAGCGAAAAUUCAACUUGUACAGAUAAGAGAAAACUGGAAGGUCUUCAUGUAAUGGGACAAAUAGAAACUCGUGUACCGGUGUCUAGAAGUACAACUGUUAAUAGCCCUUUUCUCAAUAAAAAUGAAUGUGUCUUAGAAUCUUCCGAAAAUUUAUAUAUGCCUUCGUACAGUGAAUGCAGCAGAAACAGAACAAUACCUUCUCCUGAGAAAGAAACACAUCCAAAAGUUCACUUCAAAACAGAAAACAAUCAACAGACUUCCCAAUUGUAUUCUAAAAUAAUGCCAAAUGAAGCUAUUUUGCUCAACAAAGAUUCCAAGGUUACACAACCAAAAGAAUCAUACGAAAUAUCCAAUGAACUGCUGGGCGACAGUUUGUCAAAAGGAGAUUUUUCAUAUACAAGGCAAAGUUCCUUUAAUCAAAGCGCACUCUUCGACAAAGACUCCGAGAUGGAAAUACCUAGAUGUUUUUCAUGGCCAGGAGAAACCAUUGCAUCUCUACAUAAGAGCUGUUUAAAUAAAUCUUCGAAACUUAUUCCUGUUCCUUGCCCUGUCGUUCCGGAAAUUCGUACAGAUACUGUGGAUACGUCGGUGAGAAAAACGUCGAACGUUAACAGCGUGAGUGUCGACAUUAUGCAUAAUGAUUCCAGGGAACAGAAACUUUCAUCAUUCCGCGCAGAUACAAAAGGUAAAGCAAGGAAACCUUUCACAGAGGAAUGCCCAAAGACUGGUGCUAUUGGUAAAAACUCUUGUAGACGUGAUUUGCAGGGGAAAGAGUCCAUGUCAUCCAUACCUGAAAUGCCAUGCGAAGAGGCAGAGGAAGCCAACACUUUGUCUUCACCCCAAACUUCCGGAUAUAUCUCGCAAGUUGAAGAGAAAAGUUUAUGUUCCACGGCUGGAGAAUUUAAUUCAUCAUUUAUUCCAUUAGGAAGCUCCCCUAUACCAAAGCCAAGCCUCAUUUCCAAGGUUGGAAAGUCGAAGAAAAAAGCUAACUCCUUAUCAAAGAGCAAACUUCGAAGCUUCCGAGUUUCAGCCGAGCCGGAAACAGUGAAAGAAUUUUAUGAGCAAAUUUUUGAUGGAGAUAGCUUAAUAGGUUUGAGCAAGGAGGAACUUAUCGCCAGAACACUGCGUAUAAGGGCUCUCAGAAAGGAAGUAGAAGAUCGGCCAAAAGAAUGAAACAAGUUGUUUUAACAUUCCCCAAAUCAACAUCUUUUUAAAUCAUAAUUGGUCUGAUGGAGUCAACGUCGUGUUAUUUCUAAAUGAAAAUAUGAUGUGAUAUUGAUGUUUUGAGAUAGUUUUAUUGAAAGAUGUUUGUAAAAUAAUUAUCAGGUGCUUAAGUUCACGCUUUGUAAUAUUUCAAGCGAUAGUUUUAUUGAAAGAUGUUUGUAAAAUAAUUAUCAGGUGCUUAAGUUCACGCUUCGUAAUAUUUCAAGCAGGAUCGUUGCUGAUAAUUUGCGUGAUAAUGCUAAUUCUUAAAAAAUAAGUUCUGUAAUCUAAGAGAAAACUGAUAUAAUGUAUGCUGUACUGUAUGUAUGCUAAAUAAUAAAAUUAUGUUUCGUUAA